AUGUCCCAAAAUAAUAGUGAAUCGCACCGAUUAAGCGGUGGAGGAGAUAUAAGAAGUGGAAGUCCUACUAAUAAUAACUUGUUAGGCGACGGUUCAAGAAAUCACAAUCAACCAUCAGCUAUUUUAAUGGGUUCCUCACCAACAAACAUCAAUAACACUAACGCAACAACCGGAGGAAAUCAUCGUCCGUCGCAUAGAUUAACGAGACGUAAAUCGCAGGCACCAUCAAGCGAAGAUGCAAUAAACGCAACACAUCCUUUUGGUUUUUCGUUAUGGAAACCAGCGUUAUAUAAAAAAUCGCGAUCAAUAACACGAAAUGCAAACUCAGCACUUCAUUCUACCCCUUCAUCAGAUUUGUAUCCAUACCCGGGAAAUAUUUUAUGGACGAUAAGUUGUGGCUGGUUGUUAGCACUAAUAUCUUUUAUAAUAUCUAUCUUCCUUCUCUUCACACCAGGAGGAGGGUAUAAAUAUGCGAGGGUGUUAAGGGAAUUAAGUUACUAUAUAUUUUGGCCUUUUGGUAAAUAUGUUGAAAGAUCGGAAGUUGAAGAUGAAGAAUGGUUUGCAGCUGAUGAAGAUUUGAGAAGAAGACAAAGACAACAACAAGAACGAGUAGGAAAUAUGAAUCAUAAUGAUUUUUUUAUGGCAAGGGAUACUUCUAUGAUCAUUACUGGCAUAGAAAGGGAAAGUGCUACUGGAGGUAGUGAAGUCACGGGAGGAUAUACCACAGAUGAAGACAUUAAUAGUGAGAGAAGGCCUUUAUUAGGGCGUACUAAAAGUUACGAAAGGAAUAGGAAGAAUAACAUAACGAUGAGAAAUUUAAAAAAGUUCAACUUAUUUAAAACGAUAAGGGAAAUCGGAUUCGCUGGGGUAGUCUAUUACUUUUGGUUCUUCCUAAUCAUUGCUCCCAUGUUUUUAUUAAUAUCUGCUUUAUGUUGGUUAUGUGUAUUUUCGAUUCCAAUGGCAAAAUUAACAUUUGUAUUAAGUAGACAUUUACGUAAAUACCCAUUAUCAUUACAUUUUAAACCGGGGUCCUCAUUAUCGUUACUUACCAACCAACUUAUACCUUUAAGUUAUUUCAUUGGUAUGGCGGUGGCUUCAAUUUCGGCUCAAUCUUCCGCGGGAUUAGGAGCUGUUAUCAACGCUACUUUUGGUAGUAUCGUUGAAAUCAUCUUGUAUGCGAUUACUUUAGUUGAAGGUAAAGGUAAAGUGGCUGAAGGCAGUAUAAUUGGUAGUUUAAUGGCCGGUGUAUUAUUAAUGCCCGGCGUUAGUAUGAUUAGUAGUGGAUUUAAACGUAAAGAACAGAAGUUCAACGCAAAAUCUGCUGGAGUUACAUCUACUAUGCUUAUUAUGGCUAUUAUUGGCGCUCUCACUCCAACUUUAUUCUUUCAGACUUACGCUCCAUAUGAGAUGACUUGUGUUCCAUGUAAAGGAUAUACACAAUUAACGGAUGAAUGUCAACUUUGUACCCACGUUCAAGUCGAUCCAACUUCUACUUCAUUAUACAAAGAACGCGUAAAACCGCUAAUGUUGUUUUGUUCCGUUAUCCUAGUAUUAUCAUACGUUAUCGGAUUAUGGUUUACGUUGAGAACACACGCCGCACUAGUAUGGCAAACGGGACAUCAUGCUAAUACAUUUGUAGACAAUUCAAACUCGAGAUCAACUUCAAUUUAUAAGAAAAUAGUUCCAGAAUAUAUUCUUCAACAAUUAUUACCACAUCCAAACCCACACGAUACACCUUCACAACAUCUGCAUCCAUCAAAUUCACAUUCUAAUACAUUGCAUCCAUCAUCGCAUAAUGCAUCUACUACCUCAACUUUACCGCAAAGACCAAACUCGGUUCCUGGUCCAAGUUCACAUCCAAUUGUUCAAAAUAACAUACAUAAUUUAGAUCAUCUAGCGACGUUAACAUCACAAGGUCAUUUCAUCCCCUCUAAUGCUUCGUUAAUUAGAUUUGCUCAUGAACCCGAAGAAGAAGAAGAACCUAGUGGUCAUGAUUCUCCUAAUUGGAGUAAAGUCAAAAGUGGAAUAGUAUUGUUAUCUUGUACCGCAUUAUAUUCUCUUAUAGCAGAAAUCUUGGUGGGGAAUGUUGGAGUUGUAUUGAAUAAUUUUACCGUCACCGAAAAGUUUUUAGGCUUAACUUUAUUUGCUUUAGUACCUAAUGUAACUGAAUUCGUUAAUGCCAUGUCUUUUGCUUUGUAUGGCAAUAUUGCUUUAAGUAUGGAAAUUGGUUCUGCUUACGCUUUACAAGUCUGUCUGUUACAAAUUCCUGCCAUGGUUGCCUUUUCUGCUUGGUAUAAUUCUGAUAGAUCUGACGAAGAGGAUAUUUCAAAUAAGACUUUUACAUUAGUAUUUCCUCGAUGGGAUGUAUUCUCGGUGGUAUUUUCGGUAUUUUUGUUAACUUAUACUUAUAUUGAAGGGAAAUCUAAUUAUUUUAAAGGAUCAAUUUUGAUCCUUUCGUAUUCAGUUUUGAUGGCCGGUUUUUUUUAUGCUCCUGAUAAUGGUGAUAAGAAUUACUAA